AUGUCUUUUUACAACACUAGUAACAAUGCUAAUAAUAGCGGCGGCUUUUAUCAACCUUCCGCACAGUUUGCUGUUCCUCAAGGGUCUAUGAGUUUUCAAAAUACUGUAGGUUCAACUAAUACUGGAAACGAUAACAAUUUGGGUGUUGCCCCCGAUCCUUUGCCUGUAGGUAUUUUACAUGCUCUUUCUACAAAGGGAUAUGCACAUGAACCUCCAUUAUUAGAAGAAAUUGGAAUUAAUUUCGAUCAUAUCAUAACGAAAACUAAAAUGGUUCUUAUACCAAUACGUUUUGGUAGUGGUGUGCCACAAGAAAUUUUAAAUGAUUCGGAUUUGGCUGGGCCUUUGAUAUUCUUUUUGUUAUUUGGUCUUUUUCUAUUGAUGGCUGGAAAAGUUCAUUUUGGAUAUAUAUAUGGUGUCGCUUUGUUUGGUACCAUUUCUUUGCAUAAUUUAUCGAAAUUAAUGAGCAAUAACGAUACUUCCAUGCAAACGAACCUACAAUUCUUUAAUACAGCAUCCAUCUUAGGGUACUGCUUUUUGCCUUUAUGUUUUCUUUCUUUACUAGGCAUUUUCCAUGGUUUGAACAACACUACAGGUUAUGUUGUAUCAGUACUAUUUGUGAUUUGGAGCACUUGGACGUCAUCUGGAUUUUUAAAUUCCCUGCUGCAAUUGCAAAACGCAAGAUUGUUAAUUGCCUACCCACUCUUAAUUUUUUACAGUGUUUUUGCCCUCAUGGUAAUUUUUGUCUAA